GCUGUAUUUUUUUUAAAACUCUAAAUCCACCAUUGCUUGUAUUUCUAAUCUUACCCAACCCUUCCCUUGUGCGUAUUUGGGUCCUCUUAUCUAGUUAGAACUUUUACAAACUUUGGGGAUCUUUCUCAGCUGGAUCGAUAUGCUUUGUUUGUACAGCUCUAUUUUUUAACCAUAAGCUCAAUACUGCUUGCUUUUCCACUUUGAUGCAAAAGUAAGCCUGGGCAGCAGCUGAGCAUUUUUGCCAAUAACAGGGGAAAGCAGCAGCAGCUUUAGACAUAUUUGGACAAACAAAAAUACCAUCAUAAGGAGCCUGUUGGUUUUGCUCUUCCUGGCUGCGGCCAAUGCCAAAAUCUUCGAGCGCUGUGAAUGGGCCUGCAUGCUCAGGGCUAAUGGGAUAGAUGGCUACUAUGGAGUCAGCCUUGCCGAAUACCAGAAUAAUAUCACAGCUGAGUUUGUACAGAACGUUACUCUAACAUGUCAAGCUCCAAACAACGACAUGAUUGGUGUAAUGUGGAGGAGAGCUGACCUGGGGGGAAAAUAUGUCUAUUUGAACCGCGAAGGGCAACCUCAGCCACAAGAGCAGCAUCCAUCUUUUAAGAACCGGGUGGAUCUUAAAGACACACAGAUGAAGGAUGGAGACGUGUCUUUGAUUCUGAAGAAUGUGACACUUAAUAAUACUGGAACAUACGAGUGUCGUGUCUUCAUCGAUGAAACACACCCGUGGAAAUCCAUCAGCAUCAUCUACCUGAGUGUUAUUGAUCCUCCAGAUACACCAGGAGGACUCUUUCAGGAUCGAUCUGUUGGAGUGGAAGUUGGUCUGAUAAUUCUUGUGAUAAUGAUUGUUGGAGUGAUUAUUUUUGUGGUUUGUUUUGAGAUCAAUGGAAAGCGACAAAAGGCAGAAAAAUGUCUGGACUUGAAAGCGAAAUAUAAAUGUUUAAUUGGAGCUCUAGAAAAAGGAGAGGCUGCUGUACCCACUUUUCAUACUAGUCAAUUUGGUAAUUAAUUUCUAUGUAUAUGUUUAUAUUUGUCAUUGGUGUUUUAAAUUGUGGCAGUGUGUGGAAUGUGGGUCAGCUCUGUGCAAAUAUUGAACGCAAGUAUCAUGAAAAAUAUCAACAAAUACAUUUAAAAUAUAAACAGAUGAAGAUAAAACUCAAUUUAAACAUGUUUACAAAG